GCUGCUGGUGGCGCCGCUGCUGCGGGGUCAGAGGGCACCCGGCUGUGGCAGUAACCAGAGGAGAGUGGACCUCUGAAGGACGCAUGAAAAGAGAUUAUUUUCAGCUUUUUWAAAUAAUUUAACAGAAUCUCUCUACCUAAUAAGACCUACACUUUAUUGGUGAAGAGCGGUCACUUCCGCUUGGCGCCAGUUGAAGAGCCAUGGAUCCAGAGCCGAGCAGAACGAGCUCCACCCCGGCAUAUUCUGCCCCCCGAGGCUGGAUGUGCACCGGCCCGACCCAGACCGCCCGGCCUCGUUUCUUCUGCUUUCUGCUCCCUGGAGUCCAUGCGGCUGAUGUGGGCCCUGCGCAGUUGCCCCCCUCCUCCUCCACCAGUCCUGCUCCUGGACCCGUGCCCCCACCCACCAUCCUGCCAGUCAUCAUCGGCAAGCCAGAGUUUCCAAACACGGGCUGGGAGCGGAUCAAGGAGCUCUUCAAUUUAAAAGAGACUUGGAGACGUCCGGAGGAGUUAAUCAAUAUACUGCAGUUGAGUUUUCUGGGCGCGGUCACCGGCUUCAUCUACGGCGGCCUGCCGGCUGCUCGCACCUACAGGCAGAGGUACAUCCAGGUCAGCCAGGCCGAGUUGUACACGGGCCGCGUGGACGCAGUGCGRUCGGCUCAUAACGCAGCCCUUCGUGGUUUUAUUCGAUAUGGAUGGAGGUGGAGCUGGAGGGUGUGUCUGAUCCUCACUUUGUUCAGUUCUGUCAACACUGGACUGUCUGUGUACCGAGACAAAGACGCCGUCAGUCAUUAUGUGGCAAGUGGAGCCAUCACGAUGGGCCUUUACCGACUCAACCUGGGCCUCAGAGGUUUGGUGGCAGGAAGUGUCCUCGGCGCUCUCCUGGGGGCUCCUUUUGGUGCUUUGGUCAUCGGCUUGCAGAAACUGACCGGAGAAACGUUUCGCGAGAAGAGGAAGAGAGAACAUAGAGAGCUUUACGAGAACAAGCUUGAAGAAUGGCUGGCCCGCCUGAGCAUGACAGAUGAACUGGUAUCCAAUCUGAACUCCAGCACUCAGCAAGAUGAGGCCAUCGAAGACGAUGAGAGGAUCCAGGAGCUGCUCAGUCUACCUCGGAACACGGGUGUGGACCAGGACUCCAGCAGCUGAGUGUGUUUCCGUCAGACUUUGAACAGGUGAAGGAAUUAAAGAGACUCUGUUUGUUUGGACUCUUAAGAUUCUUUCAACCCAUCCUCAGAACAUCAGAAACAUGCUGUGAAAAUGAAAACACAACGACUGUAAAUUGGUAAAUGUAUAUUUAGGUUGCUGAAUAUUGGGUGACUGUCUUUUAGAUGUGAAACAAAACGUGAUGCUGCAGAUUGUUUGGUUGAACAUGACUUUAAUCUGAAAAAUGUUUAUAAUUUACUCAGUUCAAUAAAAUACAUGACUUAUAACAAUAGAUUAG